GGAUGGUGGGGCACGAACUAGAAUGACUCUAACCGCAUCUCAGGUAGCCUGAGUUUUCGCGAAACUAAAAUUUCCAUUUCCAUCGAAUCGAGCUUCGUUUCUACACUUCAACGUGGCGGCAAGUGGUCUUUUUACUGUACCCUCCUCUUAUCCUCCUUAUCCUAACGAUUUACUUCAACUACUGUAUGGAAUGAAUCGUCUCCUACUCACAGCGAUUGCGGCGCGCAACAAAAUACCUGAUUCCGACUGACCUUAAGACCCCUCUCGCGAAAGAGCUUUCUUGCGACGCGCCCGUCGUAAAUACUACGGAAAAUGGCUACCACCACUAUCACCGCCUCGGCUGCGCCGGUCAAACACCAGGUCGUGGAUAAACUUCCCAAGAAAUUCAGGCAGAUCAAGUUCGGCAUCCAGUCUAAUCAAGACAUUGUCAAUCAAGCUGUCAUAGAAGUUUCCGAUCGAACUAUGUACGAUAUUGACAGGGGCAGAGAACCAACACAGAAUGGUAUACUUGACAAAAGACUGGGGACGUCGAGCAAGACAGGUAUAUGCUCAACAUGUGGCCUUCGUUUACAAGACUGCACUGGUCACUUUGGCCACAUCCGACUACCUCUACCGGCCUUUCACAUCGGUUAUAUCAAGUUUACGAUAACGAUCUUGCAGAAUAUAUGCAAAGACUGCUCACGGGUGUUGUUAACGGAGCCAGAACGACGAAUGUUUCUCAAGGAGUUGAGAAGACCUUUUAUCGACAACAUGCGACGAAGCGCUAUAUGCAAAAAGAUCAAUACGCAAUGUAGAAAGACGAAGAAUUGCCCAUACUGUGGCGCGGUGAAUGGUCAAAUUAGAAAAGUUGGAGCUCUUAAAAUUGUCCAUGACAAGUUCGUUGCAUACAAUAAGUCAACGUCACAGAAGAAGCAGCCUCCGCCAAGUAAGAUUGAGUUUGAUAACUCCUUUCUGGAGGCUAAGAAACAUGUCCACGACCUUGAUAAGCAUUUGAGGAAGGCUUUUGAGGAUUUAAAUCCCCUCAGGGUUCUGAAUUUGUUUAAGCAGAUCAGCCCUACCGAUUGCGAGUUACUUGGACUUGAUCCUUCAGAGGGACGGCCUGAAAUGUUCUUAUGGCAAUAUCUCCCUGCCCCUCCCGUGUGCAUUCGACCAUCCGUAGCCCAGGAGGGUGCGAGUAAUGAAGACGACCUGACAACCCGUCUUGGAGACAUAGUAUGGGCAUGUGGUCUCAUCCGUGCUGCGCUGGAAAAGGGCACUGCUCUCCAGACCAUCAUGGAACAGUGGGAAUAUAUGCAACUGCAAAUUGCGGUAUAUGUAAACAGCGAUGUUCCCGGUCUACAGAGUAGUGGUAUGAAAACGACGAGGGGUGUAUGCCAGCGUUUGAAAGGAAAGCAGGGUCGAUUCCGUGGUAAUCUGUCCGGAAAGCGUGUCGACUUCUCUGGUCGAACUGUCAUCUCACCCGAUCCAAACCUAGCUAUUAAUCAGGUUGCCGUACCCGAGCUCGUCGCCAAGAACCUCACAUAUCCCGAAAGAGUCAACCGCGCAAACAUCAAUAAACUAAAGCAAUGCAUACUAAACGGCCCUUACGUGUGGCCAGGAGCCCAGGCCAUCCUAAAACAAGACGGUGACCAGGCAUUCAAAGUGUCCUUAAGAUUUGCAGACAAGGAAUCAGCCGCCAGAGAUUUGCGCGAAGGAGACAUAGUUGAACGACAUCUCGAGGACAAUGAUAUUGUCCUGUUCAAUCGACAGCCAUCACUUCACAAACUUAGUAUUAUGAGCCAUUUUGCCAAAGUUCGACCAUGGAGAACCUUUCGCCUCAAUGAAUGUGUAUGCGGACCAUACAAUGCCGAUUUUGAUGGAGACGAGAUGAAUCUCCAUGUUCCCCAGACGGAAGAGGCUCGUGCUGAAGCCAUGGAACUCAUGGGUGUAAAGCACAAUCUAGCGACGCCGAAGAAUGGAGAGCCUAUUAUUGCAGCAACACAGGAUUUCAUUACAGCUGCAUAUCUGCUUAGUAGCAAAGAUAAUUUCUACGAUCGCAGGACGUUUACCUAUGUAGUGAUGCAAAUGAUGGACGGUGUCACUCAUCUCGACCUUCCCCCUCCAGCUAUUUUUGCUCCUAAGCGACUUUGGACUGGAAAGCAAGUCUUCAGUAUGCUUAUGCGUCCGAACAAGGCCUCACCAGUUAAAGUCAACCUUGAUGCCAAGUGCAAAGAAUUCUCCGAGCCAGAGCCACUUCAGCCAGGCCAAAAGCCUCCGGCCCCGGAUAUGUGCCCGAACGAUGGCUGGCUAGUUGUGAGAAAUUCGGAAGUCAUGUGCGGCAGGAUGGACAAGUCCACUGUGGGGGCAGGCAAGAAGGAGUCUAUUUUUUAUGUCAUUCUAAGAGAUUUUGGUCCGGACGCAGCCGUAACGACGAUGAAUCGAUUAGCCAAGCUCUGUGCGCGAGUGUUGACGAAUCGUGGCUUCUCAAUCGGUAUCGGCGAUGUUUACCCUACUGCAUCUCUUACCGAACAGAAGCAAGCGCUCGUAGAGGAUGCGUACCAACAGUCAGAUGUCUUUAUCGAGCAAUUCAAUGCGAAUAAACUACAGAAAGCAGCAGGAUGUAGUAUGGAAGAAACAUUAGAAAACAAGAUUUCCGGCACCCUCAGCAAAGUUCGUCAAGCCGCGGGAGACUAUUGUAUCAAGACAUUGAGUAAAAACAAUGCUCCUUGGAUUAUGGCUUCGUCUGGAUCGAAGGGCUCGGUUAUCAACGUCGCUCAAAUGGUUGCCGUUGUCGGACAGCAAAUUAUCGGUGGAAAACGUGUAGCUGAUGGCUUCCAAGAUCGAACCCUUCCACACUUCCAUAAGAACACCCGCCAAGCCCCGGCAAAGGGGUUCGUUCGAAACAGCUUUUACACUGGUCUAGUGCCAACCGAAUUCUUAUUCCACGCUAUUUCUGGAAGAGAAGGUCUGGUCGACACGGCCGUCAAAACUGCAGAAACCGGAUAUAUGUCUCGUCGUUUAAUGAAGUCGCUGGAAGAUCUUUCAACUCAAUAUGAUGAUACCGUCAGAACCUCGGGCGGAGGUGUAGUACAAUUCCAGUUCGGCGCAGACAAGCUCGAUCCCGUCGACAUGGAAGGUAAAGCUGUGCCAGUCAACUUCGCUCGAACUUGGUCCCAUGCCGAAAAUCUCACUUGGAAAAAUUCCGAUAAAGCGUUGUUACCUUUUGAGAUCCUGGAGCUUUGCGACUCCAUCCUCAAAAAGGAACGCGACCGCUAUCAGAGACGAGGAUUGUUACACGGAGAACCACUAGAAUACAGAGACGACAGCGACUAUGCUAUUGACGAGCAUGAGAGUGCUCGAAAGUUCCUCGACACCGUCUAUGGGCAUAUGGAGGGUUUAGCGAAGAAGUUAUCUAAAUUCCGAGCAGCUGGAGGUCUCGAACCUAUGCUUACCAAACCUAAUGGAUCAUUAGCGACAAUACACAAGAAGGAAAGGGGCGCAGUCUUCGCAGUUCCAAAACUAGCGUCGGAGAGGGUCGCAAAGGUCUCCGAACGCACGGUUAGAAAGUUCAUUGCGCUAUGCCUAGAGAAAUAUUCUAAAGCGCGUGUCGAACCGGGCCAUGCAGUAGGAGCAGUGGGUGCUCAGUCAAUCGGUGAGCCAGGAACGCAGAUGACCCUGAAGACUUUCCAUUUUGCUGGUGUUGCCGGAAUGAGUAUUACACAAGGUGUACCACGUAUCAAGGAAAUCAUCAACGCCUCAAAGUUGAUCAGCACGCCAGUUAUCACCUGUCCCCUGCAAAACAAUAGACAGAUUGAGGUGGCACAUCUUGUGAGAGCAAGAAUUGAGAAGACAUAUAUCGAGGAUAUUAUUCGAUACGUUGAUGACGAAUGGGGGCCACACAGGGCAUUUAUUACCCUUCAUAUCAACACUGAGGCCCUAGAAGGAAUGCAUCUUGGUAUCGGCCUUGAGGACAUUAAAUGCGCCAUUUACAAACAAAAGAAGCUGAAGAUCCCAGAUUCGGAUAUUGAAGUAUUCGAACAAGAUGCAACUAUUGAGAUAACCGUGAGACCCCCAGACGCUGAUUCCUUGGCCAAACGAGCACCCAAAAGCAAAGCGGCGAUCGCAGAGGCGGCAGCUGACUUGCUCGUUCGAGUGAGCCACCUCAAGCGUGUAUUGCCGUCAGUUCCAAUCUCUGGAUAUCCAGAUGCUACCCGUGCAAUCAUCCAGACUGAAGAAGACAAGAAAGACAAUAAAAUCAACUACUAUACCGUACUAGUCGAGGGUUAUGGUCUCCGACAGUGCAUAAAUACUGAAGGUGUUAUCGGUACCAAGGUCCGUACGAACAGCAUUCUUGAAUGUCGGGACGUCCUUGGCAUCGAAGCAGCACGAAGUACCAUCGCCGCAGAAAUCUCGAGUGUCAUGGGCGAUAUGGACAUCGAUCCGCGACAUAUGGAGCUGUUAGCCGACGUCAUGACGUAUAAGGGUGAGGUUCUUGGUAUUACUCGGUUCGGUCUAUCCAAGAUGCGAGACAGCGUAUUGCAACUAGCAUCAUUUGAGAAGACGGCAGACCACCUGUUCGAUGCCGCGGCUGGAAUGAAGGCAGAUCGUAUCGAGGGCGUGAGUGAGAAGAUCAUCAUGGGACAGACUAUGUCAGUUGGUACAGGCGCGUUCCAAAUGGUACGGUACCUAGGCCACAGAGAUGAGCAUUUUAAGCAACUACCAACUGCUUUCGAAGAUGCCUGGACGGAUGAGCAGGAUCUGUAUCGCAAAGUUAAGAAGCGGACCAAGAUAUAGUUGACAGGUUUUGAAGGGAAGUUCUUAGGUUCUACAUCUGUUCGGGCGUUGGCAUUGUUAAUUUGAAAUAAGUUCGAGGGCAAUUUGUAAAGUACUCAUAGGACUAGCUAUGAUUGAAGUAAUGAAUACAUAAUGCCUAUGGUGUAUAGGUAGGUAGUUAGGUAUUUACUUACCUAGAGGCAGUCUUCUUUAAUAUAGAGCCAACAAGAAAUGACGCAAGAUGGAGUACCAUUUUUCGUAAAACAAUCUCUUUACGUCAAAGAAUUUACGCCUAGUGUUAGGUAAGGGUUGUUCAAGCAUUUAAGGGGUGAAAUCGAGGUUUCGAGACAUUACUACUACACAUGCUGUCUCGUUAUAUCAUGGUCAAUUAUGGCCAAAACCUUUGUCUGAU